AUGGCAUCUCCAUUCCCAGAGGCAAAGAUUGACAAAGCCGCCCGCGAAGCAGAGUAUCAGGCACUCUGGCAGGUCUGCGAUCGCGCAACUCGCAAGCCAGAGUACAUCUACGGCGACGAAAGACUCAAACGCUCUUUUCUCGAAGACACAUGUGACGCUCUUAUGCGCAAGAGACAGAAGCUCGGCAAGGUUCCCUGCGGGACUGACAUCAGCGCCAUGGUGACGCUUCAUCUUCAGCGCGAAGUCGCCGGCCGUCUUCUCGCGGGUGCUCGUAUGGCUGCUCCAGCCCCUGCUCCCAGUCCGAUGCCGUACGCGGGAAACGGCCCUGCAUUCAAUCCGCCCCAGAGCGUGUAUGCUGCGAACCCGGAUCCCUUCAACGGAAACCCAGGUCCCUACAAUGGCAAUCCAGCUCCGUACAACAUCGCCCAGGCACCGCUACCAAUCCCCCAGCCCCGUGCUCGUGCUUCUCCCCCAGAUUUCGACUUUGCCAUCCCGGACACUAACGAAGACCUGCGGCAAGACAUGGAGAGAGUCAUCAACACCCUUCGCCAGUACGCCCAAAGAAUCGCCACUCUUGAAAAGACAGUCGCCAAGAUCACUCGCGAGCGAGAAAUGUACAAGGCUGGGACGAUUGACAUGAUGAACACCGACAUGGAAAAGUCAGCUUCCGUCUCUCCUGGCUUGUUCAACUACCCCGUUGAGGGGAUCGAGGGCUUGUCUGCCGCCACCUAUCCGCAUCCCGGACCUCUCACGCCUAGAAGCCAGACGCAGGGAGGGGAUGAGGAAGGGGAUGGGAUGUACCAGCAUGGAAAUUGA